AUGGCCGUUCUCUUCUACCUCAAGAUCCCUACAAACAAGCCCAGGUUCGAUUCUUGGCUGAUUACGUUCAGAAACAGGUACAUGUGUUUUAUGCAAUUGCUGGUUGAACUUGUGUUUGAGGGUUUGUUUUUGUUAAUGAAAACAGAAGGGGAAGCACAAGAGAAAGCCAUUGAAGAUGUGAAAGAGAAGCUGAAAGUUCUUGAAGAACAGGGGCUGAAGGAUUUAUUGGCAGAGGGAAGUACAUUUGUGAAUGGAGACGAACUUGGAUAUUUGGACAUAGUUAUGUCGACAGUGCUUGGAAUGUACAAGGUUCAUGAAGAGUUUUUUGGAGUGAAAAUUGUGGAAGAAGAGAAGAUCCCAGUUGUGUUCUCAUGGUUGAAUAGAUUGAUUGAACAUCCACUUGCAAAGGAGGUUGCUCCUCCCAAAGAAAAGGUUUUGGGGUUUCUUCACUUCAUUAGACAAAAAUUGCUACCCUCACAGGCUGCUGCUUAA